AUAUACAACAACAACAAAAAAAUAUAACAAACAACCGAAAAACAACCAAACGGGUUAAAGCUUGCAUGUAGUCCGUAGAAACCACGUAGUAAACGUAAACGAAACGUAACGAAUCGAAACUUUAUAGUAACGUUAAAGAUAGGGAAUACGGAAAAAGGUCGCAGCUAAUUUCUGGUGCGUAUAACUCCAUUAGAGAACGAUUAGCGUAUCGAAGGACGAACGAAAGGACGAAGGGAGAGCCCGUUGCAGUGGCUGAGGGGGCCAAAGCGGUAAUUCAAUCAGAGGGCCGCCGAGUGGCACGAGGAAAAGUUGCCGGAAAACUGCUUCUGCGAAAGAGCAGAAACCCCUGAAACUAAAGUGAAAAAACGAAGAUAGAAAACCCCAUCAAAACACUUGGUUAAAGUGGAAAACGUGUGCGGGUGCGUGCGCGUGUGAAAAACUUUUCGAUUCCAAGGCGAGUGUUUCAAUUUUUCGACACCCCGGCAGUCCAUGGACGUGGACCAUCAUCAUCAUCACCACCACCACCGCCGUUAUCUCAACAUGUGGCCCACCUACGCUGUGUGCCUGCUGCUCCUGCAGGCCACCACCGGCACGAUGGCCAUCGAUUUGAGUCGUCUCUAUGGCCACAUGGCCAAUCCCAUUGUGAAGCGGAGUGAUGCCUGUCAUCCAUACGAGCCCUUUAAGUGCCCCGGCGAUGGUAAUUGCAUUUCCAUCCAAUAUUUAUGCGAUGGUGCACCCGAUUGCUCCGACGGAUACGACGAGGACAUGCGUCUCUGCACCGCGGCCAAGAGGCCGCCGGUGGAGGAGACUGCAUCCUUCCUUCAGAGCCUGAUCGCCUCCCACGGACCCAAUUACCUGGAGAAGCUGUUCGGUAGCAAGGCACGUGACGCCCUCUCACCCCUGGGCGGAGUGGACAAGGUCGCCAUCGCUCUGAGCGAGUCGCAAACGAUUGAGGACUUCGGCGCUGCCCUCCAUCUAAUGAGAUCGGACUUGGAACACUUGCGCUCGGUUUUCAUGGCUGUGGAGAACGGGGAUCUCGGGAUGUUAAAGUCAUUGGGAAUCAAGGACUCGGAACUGGGCGAUGUGAAGUUCUUCUUGGAGAAGCUGGUCAAUACCGGCUUCCUCGACUGAGUAGCGCCAGAUCCGGCUUCUGGAUUUUAUUACGCACACGCACAACCCAUCAAUCCUAAUUUCUAUUCGUAUUUGGGCACGCCCUAUGAUAAUUAUAAUUAUUAAAUGCGAAUCUCACCAACAGACAGACACACACCACACACGUAUCUACACUCAUCGUUCCGUUACAGAAAACACACAUUACACCCAUUUCCAAUCAUUUCAGCCAGAAGAUAUUUUCUCAAACUCUAUUUUUGAGUAUAAUUUAACCUUUUUGCUUUCGAAAACCUCUUAUUAAAUAUUUAUUUAUUUUAUUUUCUG